AUGGCUGAACUUGCUGCACUCGGCGUCGCAGCCAGUGUACUUCAGGUUGUCGAUUACGGCACCCGCUUCCUCACCACGCUAUACCAAGUCAGACAAUCGAAAGGUGACUUUCUUAACAAUCUUCAAAGCUUACACAACUCGUCGAGCAAUCUCAGGGAUGCCCAGCAUGAGCUUCGUGCGAUUUCACUCCCCGGGACCAGCACAGAUGCAGCGAUAUCGUCUCUCGCCAAGAAGAGUGAAGCGGUUGCAAAAGAAAUCCUUGACUCGUUGAAGCGCAUCGAGGAAAAUAGCCACGGACGGAAGCGCGACGCGGUGAUCAAAACAUGGCUGAUCAUCUUGAAGGAGGACAAAUUGAAAGGCCUGGAAGGCAGACUGACAGAGGUCAAGGCAGACCUGACGUUCUACCUAUCCGUCAAUUUGAGAGCUACGGCACGAGAGACUCUGGAGAACCAGAUGCAGAUGUUGCAGGAGAUGCGUGACAUACGAGUAGACUUUAAAGCGAUCGGAGACGCUACGAGUGCAAACGAAGUUCAAGCAGGCUUCGGCUCGUUAGCCAUUGAGUAUCUUACCGGCGGCUUACAUGAGCGCCAGAAGCUUAAGUCCGAGUUCAUAGAUGCAUUGAUCGCUCGUAUCCACAAUUCUGAGGCCAAGGUGCCACCAGAUUCAUCGAGCAUCCAACUAUCACCACAGAGGCGACAACAUUUGGAACACAUUUUUAUCUCGAGAGUCCGAUAUGAUACCAUACAAGAGAGAGAACUCACGAUAAAGGAAGCCCACAAGGGAACAUUUCGCUGGAUCUUCAAUGACAAUAAGGCUGGGGCUUCACCGAUUGGCUUCAAAGAGUGGCUUGCAUCCGACGGUAGCCUCUACUGGAUCACCGGAAAGCCAGGCUCAGGAAAGUCUACGCUGAUGAAGUACCUCCUUCAACCUAUUGACGAAUCGAGCAAUGAGAACAGAUGCAACGAAUACUUGCAACACUGGGCAGGAGACCAGAAGCUCACGAUUGCCACGUUCCAUUUCUGGGCCAUUGGAUCAGACAUACAGGCGAGUAAAGAAGGAUUGCUUCGGACCCUGCUUGUUCAGCUUUUUCGCGCGAAUCCAGAGGUCAUUCCACUUGUUGCUUCGUCGCGUUGGGAAUCUUUGUGCCUUUUUAAUGAAGACCCCAGGCGCUUGAGCCAAGAUGAAUUGGAGGAUAUGUUUCGCCAUGCAGUAAAACAUAUCAGCUCCCGAGCAAAGCUUGCACUAUUUAUCGAUGGCUUGGAUGAGUUUGACGGUGAUUGCAAUGUUCUUAUAUCCCUGGUACAGGAGUGCAUCGCGUCCCCAAUCAAGAUUUGCAUCUCGAGCCGUCCUUGGACAGAGUUUGAGAAUGCUUUCGGAGACUAUCCCAGGCUAAAGAUGGAAGACCUGACACAUGACGACAUCACAAAAUAUGUCGUUUCUAAAUUUGAGGUAAAUUCUCAAUUUACAAGGUUCCAGAAGCUACAUCCUCAAUUUGCUGGUGCUUUGAGCCACUCGAUCGCCGACAAAGCGAGGGGUGUUUUUUUAUGGGUUACCAUUGUUGUCGCGUCGCUCUUGGCUGGGAUGGUGGCUGGCGACCGCGUUGAAGAUAUCGAGAAUCGACUCGAUCUGCUGCCAUCAGAAAUGGAUGACCUCUAUGGAAGAAUCAUCGAAAGCAUUGAUCCUCUCUAUCGCGAACAUGCCGCUCAGCUCUUCAAGCUAGUCAAUACAUGUAGGGAGCCUUCGCUACGUCUGUUAUGGUAUGCGGAUGAGGUCAGGUUUUUGGACCGGACAAUUGACGAAGACCCGAAUGCUGUUCCAUUGGAAGAUAUGAUUGGUCGACUAGAAGACAUGCGCCGCCGUAUUGUUAGUCGGUGCAGAGGCUUACUUGAAGUUCAUGAGAACACGAGACCUAUACCACUCUAUGACCAUAAUGGCGUGAAACAGCCCUGCGAUCCUGCAAAACCCGAUGGAGGCGACGUUGUAUAUCUACACAGGACAUUUAAGGAGUUUCUAAGGAGGCUUGAUACGCAGCAAAAGCUCGAUAGCUAUCUUACCACACCUUACGAUUCUGGGCUAAGGAUCUCAGCGGCAUAUGUAUCCCUGGCCAAACUAUGGAUGAGAUCAAAGGCACAAACCAAAGAUGGGACUUAUCCUUUCCAGAUCUUUGUGAUUUUAAGCCUGGAUUAUGCGGGGGACGCUUUGCCAUCCUCACGGUCUGAUGUUGUUCGAUUACUGGAUCAUCUGCGGGAAAAUUGUGCCAGUCUCUGCCAGUUUAAGUAUAAGGACCACAGGUUCAGAGAUCCGAAGGGUGAAUGGCAGAGAAAAUUGACUGAGAUUGAAGUGAGCGAUUACUGCUCUGAUCCCAAUCAAGAGUUCCUCUGCCUGGCGACUGUGAUGUGUGCCGGGGAAUAUAUCAGAGCAAAGGCAGACCGCAAUGGUCUUGUCAUGAUUGCGAAGCGGAACCCAAGUCAGGAACAUUUAAAGCUGCGUGCACUUUGGUGGAGAAUACAGGGAAACCCCGAGCGACUCAAUGUCUCCCUUCUUUCGCUUGUGCGCCUGACAGACACAAGGAGUGCAUCAGUGAUUAAAUUGUUACUUGACCAAGGAGCAAAGCCAAACAAAAUGAUUAAGCAGAUUGGAUUCCGCAGAUCAGCAUGGGAAGAGCUACUUGCCGGUGCUAUUGCACAUAUUGAGAGAAACUUAAAGGAAGUAGAUAGCCAGGUGACAGAAUGCGUGCAUCUUAUGCUGGAACGAGGAGCAAAGGUGACUGUCGGGACCGUGGAAACAGCAAUUAAAAUAUCAAAGGAGUGUUCGGUGCCGCGAUAUUUGAUAUGGCUCACCAUCAACCGCCACCAGAGACAAGCUAAGGUCCGCAGGAAUGCGUCACUGGACAUUGUGUAUGCGCAACUUAAGGUGAUGAAGAAGGAUCGGGAGGCCCCCUUCAGGAUUACAUAG